ACGUUCAUCGCUCGUUCGCUUCUUCCAAAAGGAUUAUCGGAUCACACGUUCGUGCUAAGCAGCAACAGAAUGUGGAACCCUACCGACGUCGGAUUACGAUAUGAACGAAGAAUCGUAAACAAACUUAGGAGUGUAGGGAUUUGGGCUCAAAGGUUGAGUUCAGAUCCGCGAGACGGUGGAGAUGGAGGAAUAGACAUCAUCGCUGCAGUAGACAAUGGCGUACUCCAUGCUCUAGAAGGGGUUCUUACCAGAUUCCCCAACAACGUUGUUGGAAUUUUGGUAGCGCCAAAAAUCAGCGGCGGAGUCAGAAAGGAGAUAAAGUCGUCAAAAUUUGAAAUAAUAUUGGCGAACAACUCCGAUAUAGUUUCAAAAAUUAUAAACUAUAAACCCGCUGCUCCCCCACCGGAAAAAGAUCUUAAACGUUGGAUGUCGAUGUUCGAAGCAAAAAUGUUGAAAGACGUUCAAGAUCUUAAAAUCUGUACUCACAGUCUUGAGAGUCAGAACCGGUGUCUACUGCUGCUAAACGCAGUUGCGCUUACAGUUGUAUUUAUUUUAAUUACCUUGUACUAA